CAAUAUUUUAAGCAUUCCCCCCCCCCCCCACACACACACGCAUACACAUUCCCUCAAAUUGACAUUCAUGUCCAUUUAUGUUCUUCAUUGUAUGUAGACAACGAAACGUGUGACAACCGUGCAGCUUAAUUAAACGAGGUAAAACGGGGGCAGUAAAAGCGGAGUCUUGUGGGAUAUGAAGUUCUUCCAGCUGGCGUCUCUGCUGGGCUUCACAUGCUCGCGAAGUCGACAUGUGGAACUUUCCAACCUCAAGCUAGCGGUGUUUAGUCUCAACAGACAUCAUGUCUUUUUGUUUUAAUUUCGACCUCCCUGCACAAACACCAACAUCUGACGUCGUGGAUGAAAAUGAACGACAAACAGGAAAGAAAACCAAUGAUUCUCCUCGUACAGAAAAGAGUCCUAAACCAGUCGCACCAGUAAAAGAGGCCGAAGAACACUUUCCCCCGUCUGACCCAGAGUUCCUCCUUAUGGAUGCCAUUUUUGAAACGGUGACUGUUGAAACUCUUCCUCCUCUGCACUUCCUCAACGAAACCGUCUUUGAGAGGACGGCCUCGGAGCGAGAGGACCGAGAAAAAAUUCUCUCUCGCAGGGCGGAGCAGAGGUCUGAUCUCAUCUCGGGCGUGUAUGAGGGAGGCCUGAGGGUGUGGGAGUGCACCUAUGACCUUUUAGAGCUGAUUAGGAGGGAUGGAGAGACCUUCGGAGGGAAGGCGGUUCUGGACUUGGGCUGUGGAGCAGGGCUGCUGGGCAUAUUGGCUCUGAAGAGGGGAGCCAGGCAGGUUCACUUUCAAGAUUACAACAGUACAGUCAUCGAACAGCUCACAGUGCCAAAUGUAAUGCUAAACUGCCAAGAGGAUGAGGAGGAAGACAGCGAAGAUGACAAAAAAGGGGAGGGAGAGAGUCGACAGCACAGUUGUGAAACGUCAGGCAAGGAAGAGGAUGGCGACCCACCUUCAAAGAAAAGGGCUGCGGACCUGUCCCAGCACCCGUUACUGAGGAGGUGUCGCUUCUUCUCCGGCGACUGGAGCACGUUCCUUCCUUUGGUUCUAACAACAGAACCAGAGCCCAAGUUCGACGUCAUAUUCACCUCAGAGACCAUCUACAACACGGAGCACUACCACGCUCUGCACCAGAGCCUCCACCGGCUGCUGGCGCCGGACGGUCUGGUCUACCUGGCCACCAAAGCGCAUUACUUCGGUGUCGGCGGCGGUCUCCAUUUGUUUGAGGCGUUCGUCAAACAGAGGGGCGUCUUCUCUCUGGAUCGUGUGUGGGACGGUGAAGAAGGCCUGCAGAGACACGUAGUCGUCCUGCGUUUUAAAAAGGACGGACAGGGACUCGCAGGCUCCGUUAAAAUGGAUUAAUCUAUUUAACGGGAACGUGUGUAUGCUAGAAGGCUGUAUCAUGCUGGGUUCUAUUCUGUAUUAAGGUUGUCAUGGUAAAACUGAAAUAAAAAACAAUGUGUCAUGUUCUCUGUUUCAUCAUCUACAGCCUGUUUCACUUCCUAUACAGACAUUUGAAUAUGUCUGCUGGUAACUAAAGCGCUGCUGAAAGGGGCUGUUAACGCUCUUUAGAUACAUGGGGAGGAAAGAAAGGAAAUGGGC